AUGAGUGACACAGCAUCGACCGAUGGUACUGGUGCGUCGGGAUCACAGCCAGAAUAUAAUUUCUAUUUCUUUACAACCAAGAAGAACACACGGGGACCUUGUCGGCAGUUGAAGACGGCGAAGGUCACCCGAGUGACCAACAAUCGUAUUAGCAUCGAAUAUGACGUGCGGCGUCGGGCUGCACCAAUGGCUAAAUUGCAUAGCUCUUUGGCCCACGACGUUGGUCACGUCGUUUGGACCUAUUGCCCUAUGCAAUGGAAGUCUUGGAAGGUCAUGCCUGAUGAGAUGCGGACGAAGGUGCUCGGACAGUUGUCGACAAACUACAAUUUAGAGGACCUCGAUGACGAGUCGGUCGCUCUUCAGGAGGGUUGCCCGAAGGAGCUGGAGGGGCGGGAGGAUAGCUGGGCAUGGCUCUGCAGUCAUUUCCAGGAGUCUGAUUAUGCGAAGGCGGCGAAAGCAAAUAAGGGCAAUAGGAACAAGAAGACGCUUCUCCACCAUUUAGGUUCUAGGCCAUUCUCAUAUAGGAUGGAGGCACGGUGGCGGGGAAUCAACGUCUUUGGCGACGUUUAUGUUCGAGCUGGCAAUGAGUUGGCGAAGUCCCUUCAUAGGAGCCAGAUGGUUCUUCAUGAGUCCGCCUCUCAGCUUCCUCCUGACACUCCACUCGGGUCUGUGGAUCCUGCACAGGAUGCGGGGUUUCAGACCCUGACCGAGACAUUGGAUCAAACUCUUCAGAGGAGGCCAGGGACAUAUUGUCGCGGGAUGGGGAAUGCCAGGCGGAGGGAACCUGUAGGCCCUUCAUCGUCGCAGUCAAACCAAGUGACUGCUUUGACUGCAGAGGUGGCCGAGCUGAAGACCCAACUCGCCUCGUAUAGUACCCAGAUGGCACAAAUGUCACAGCUUCUAGCAUCGAUCGUUCGGUCUGGCAUUCCAGCUCCAACUAUUGGUCCCUCAUCCACCUCCGACUCUAUCCAGCCCAAGCAUGGCCACCAUACCUCCGAGCAUGGCGACAAGACCUCUGCCCCUAUCGACCAUGUCCAGACUUCGGAGCCGCAUUUCCAAAAUGACGACAUAGAUUUUGGAACAUUAUUUUGA